GUUAUCAUGUUAGAAUUACUCUUCAAGAGUUAUUAGGUCUAGGAGGUCCACGUUUUACAUUUUAUCAGUAUUGCCUUCAUGCUUCACACAUUCAAGAUGUGAAUUUUGAUAAAUAUAAUUAUAGCAGAG